GGUUUUUCUGUAUAAUUUUAUUAUAGUUAUGCAGCUUCUGGAUAGAGAUAGUUUCUUAAAGCAGGUACAUUCUGGUGAGGACUAUCAAAAAACUGGAGACUUACAAAAGCUAACAUCUGAUCACUUAACACUGAAGUAUGGUAUCUCCAGGAGAGGAGGAGGAGGAAGUGGUGGAGGAGGUAGAAAUGGAAAGAAGGUGAUGACAAUGAAGGACAGACAGAAAAGGAUUGCUGAGUUGGCUGCACUUUAUGCAACGAAAGUCACAUCGCCUCUACCACCAAUAAGCACUGCAGAUGGCUCUCAUCGAAUGGACAGUAUCAAUAUUGAUGAAUUGGUGGCAUGGACUGAGGCAUUGGAUGAAAAGGAGCUGGAGAAUGUUACUGUCAGUUAGUACAGACGAUAGCCAUUCAUUGGACUACAGCAACAAUUUUUGUUUUAUUUUAUUUUUCUACAAAAAUAACAAUCAACCUCUUUUUAAUAAUCAGACAGAAUAUUAAUUAUUUUUGUGAGAAUUGAUUCAAUUGAAAUUCUAUUGGGUGGAGCACUUCUUAUCAUUAUAUUGCAAUUAGUCUUGUCAUAGAUAUUAUAGUCUCUAAUCUUAGUAAUCUAUGGUCUUGUAAAAUGGCCGGUUCUCCUUGUAACCCUUGUUAUGACAAUUUCAUCCUCACCACUGAUUCUUACAAGAAUACUCAUUAUUUGCAAUAUCCUCCAGGAACUACUACCGUUUAUUCUUACUUUGAGAGCAGAGGAGGAAAGCAUCCUCAAACAGUGUUCUUUGGCCUCCAGUACAUAUUAAAGCGUUAUUUUCUUGGUAAAGUUGUGACACUUGAGAAGAUUGAGCAAGCUAAGGCAAUAUUUGAUGUCCAUGUUGGCCCUAACAUAUUCAAUUAUGAAGGAUGGAAGUACAUACUAGAGAAAUACGAUGGGCACUUGCCUCUUAGAAUAAAAGCUGUUCCCGAAGGAACUGUAAUGCCCACUAAGAAUGGUAUUU